UGACGCCCUCUUCCUCCUCCUAUCCCCUGGCCACCUUCCAGCCUCCUCCGUUCUGCCUCCUCCCCUCCCAGACAGUCCUCAUUUCUUUUUCCCAUAGGCUGCAGCCAGCCGGAGCCUCCAGUCUGCCAGAGCCGGGAGCCCAGGUGGGGUCAAGAACUUCAGCCCCAGGAUGUUGACAACAUUGCUGUCUCUGCUGCCUGUACUGCUCCUGUCCGGUUGGGCCCUUUGUAGCCAGGAAGCCUCAGAUGGCCCUCGGAACCUCCACAUGUUCCAGAUCUCCUACUUCCGCGAGUCUGAUCAAGUGUGGCACCGGGGCAACGCGUCGCUGGGGGGGCUUCUGACGCACGUGCUGCAAGGCCAGGACACCAACGUCACGAUCCGCCAGCUGGAGCCCCUGCAGGACCCCGAGAGCUGGGCGAUCACGGAGAGCCACCUGAAGCUGUACCUGAACCAGUUCUCCGGCUUCGUGCAGCUGGUGCACAAGGAGCGGGGCGUGGCCUUUCCUCUGACCAUUCGCUGCUUCCUGGGCUGUGAACUGCCUUCUGACGGCUCUCAAGCCCGUGUCUUCUUCAAAGUGGCUGUGAAUGGGAGCUCCUUUGUGAGUUUCCAGCCAGAGACAGCCUUGUGGGUGGCAGGGCCCCAGGCACACUCCAAAGUGGUCACCUACACCCUGCAAAAGCUCAACGACAACAAUCGUACUCGGUAUGAACUGCUGGAAUUCCUGCAGGACACCUGCGUGCAGUAUGUGCAGGAACACAUCAUCGCAAAAAACGUGAAAGGGAGCCAAGCAGGCCGCUCCUACGCUUCGCUGAUCCUAGGCGUCCUGGUGGGCAGUCUCAUCAUCGCUGGUGUGGCUGUAGGCAUCUUCCUGUGCACAGGUGGACGGCGGUGUUAAUUACUCUCCAGCCCCCUCUGGGAACGUGCUGGACUGUUGGGGGCUGGCAAGGGAAGAUCGCAGGUCCUGCAAAACCAAACAGAUUCCCCAUCUGGGACAUUAUAUACCAGAAGAUUUGGAGUGGCAGCUCCUUUCUUCUCCCAGGUCUGUCCACCAAGAGUUUGGGGCAAGGGAGGUGAGGAGGCUAGAGAGACAGAGUACUUGGUUUGCUAGGAACCUGAGAACUUGCACGCUUUGCUGAAUUGGUCUGAGAAGUGAAUGCUUGUCUAUCUUUGUGGAAAACAGAUGGUAGAGUUGGGGCAGGGGCGUCUACGGCCCAUCCUCCAAAGACAGAAUCACCUGAGGCAUUCAAAACAUAUAACCAAAUAAAACAAGUCAUCCACAACCAAAAUAAACAACAUUCAGUGCUUCCAGGUGUGUCAGACUUGGGACGGGACACUGGCAAAUUAGAGGCAGAAAGGAAUAACCAGAGAAAUGAUGGAAGUGUAAAAUCCAAGUAAUAUGGGACCAAGGAGUUAUUAAUUAAUCGAUUAGUUAAUAAUAUUAAUAAAUUCCUUAUUUCCAUAUAAAGCAUUAUUAUUUCCUCUACUUUGCAAAACUUCUGGAAAAGUAGCCUAUACCCUUCGUUUCUCAUCUCCCACUCACUCUUCAAACCACUGCAGUCUGACUUCUCUAGAAGCUGCUCUAAGAUCAUCAGUGACCACUAAUUGUGAAACCUUCAUCUUCCAUGAUAUCUGCAACAUUUCACUUUGUGGACUAGAACUCUCUUUUUACCCCAACUUCUGAUAUAACAUACUUCUAAUUUUUAGAAACUGUUCUGGCCACUCAGUCAAUCCCUUUGCCUAUGUCUUCUUACUCAAUUCACCUUGGAAAUGUUGGCUUCCUUCGAAUUCCAUUUUUUGGCUUCUUUUGUUCUCCUUUAAACUAUACCCUUUCUGGGUGACCUACUAACUUCCAUGGCUUCAAAUACCAUCUACCUGUGGUGGUUUCCACGGGGAAGCAAUAUAAUCUUGUCUUUAAAAGCAUGUAUUUGGGCAUCAGACAUACUCAAGUUUUACUUCUUUGAGCCAGGCAUUUAACUUCUUCAAGUCUCAGUUUCUUCAUAAACAAAAUCUAUAAUAAAAUAUACAAAAAGGGUAUAAUAAAAACAAUAUCUACCUCAGAGAGGCAUUAUAAGUAUUAAAUAAGAUAAUAUAUGUAAGAUAAUGUACGUAUACUCAAUAAAUAUAGCACUUGCUGCUAACCUCCAGACCACUCAUUUGCAAUGAUUUUUGUAAAUCAUCUCUAUCUUAAUAUUCUGCAGACAUUUCAGAGUCAACAUGUUCAAAAUUAAAUUCCUUAUCUUUCUCCCCAGACCUGUUCUCUCUCUUGUGUUGUUUACUACCAGUUAAACAGAAUUACCAUCAAAUCAUAUCAAUAUAGAGACCUCAGUGUUAACCUUUAUUUACUCCCUCUUUAUCCCCAUCUACAAAAUACAAUAUCUAUAGCAUCCAUUCCCUCCUUUCCACUCCAUUGCUUUUGCUCAAGAUAUCAUAAUUCAUCUAUUUCUCCGUGGAAGGCAUGGAGGUGUGCCACCCAGUUCCACCUUCAAGGAAAGAUUUGCUGUUGAGCUGCAGGGAGUAUAGCCAGCAGAUAACCUCUAGCUGCUUCAGUUCCUUCGGUGUCUGCCUCACCUGCAGAGAACAGUCCUGCACAAGGUCCCAGCUCAUCCUGAGCUGUCCUCAUCCAGUGACUGAGCAAAGCAGGGGUAUAAAGGUUCGCCAUUCUGGCCCACUGCAGGACAAUUCUGAUGAGCAGUAUUCACUCCAGAGCUCUUUGCCAGGUUGGCUGGGUCUUUGUCAGAUCUACAUUACAGUUUUCCUUCUCCCUCUAUUCAAUCCUUCUUCCUCCUACCAGUUAAUAUCUUGCACUUCAAACUCUGUCUCAGCAUCUACUUCCAGAAAACCCACGCUGUGACUGACAAUCUCUCUCUCUGUCUCCAAAUUGAGAGCUUUUCUCAAUCUUUUGUCUGGACCAUGGCAAUAGCCUGCUCCUAUUCUCCUGGCCUCUAAUUUCUCUGAGUUCUAAUUAAUCCUCUACAUGGCAAUAAAAACACAAUGAUGUCAUUGUUCUGUUUUUUAAAUUUCCCAUCUUAUUGAGCUAAAUUCAGAAUCCUCAAAAUGCCAGAAUACAGCAACAAUAGUAACACAGAAGUUUACAAAGAGAAAAGUGAAAGUCCCCUGCUUUCUCCUGCUCUCUAAACCCUUACCCCAAAGAUUUGCCAAGAUUCUUAGUUGCAAGGAACAGAAACCAAUUCUGCCAAUUUAAGGGGGAAAUAAAUAUAUUAGAAGGUUAUCCAAUAAUCCUCAGAGUUGAUGAGAAAGCCAGUAAUCAAGCUCAGAAAAUAGAUCCAGGGAUCACAGCCAAAGUCAUAACACAGGAAUGGUCGAGUUAAGGAUACCACAGCUGGAAUCACUACCUCCAUCACCACUGCAUGCUGCCAUCUUAAAUGAACUGUACUCUCUCCCCUGUGUCUUUAUUUGUUCAAGAUUCAAAGUCCUGGUAGGAGAAUCCAAAAUACCAACCCUAGAUCAUUUGCCUUUGCCUUACCUGCAAGGAGGGAAAAAGGAAAACUUUAGGUAUCUUUGGCUUCUCUUGUGGGAGGUAGGACCUUGUCUCCCAUUAAGAUUACACAGAGGAAGAGGUUUCAGAUGUUGAGAAACCAAAAAGAAAAACAAACUCUAAAUAUUCACUAUAUCUCUUACUAUCAAUUUAUUUACUCGUUCAGUAAGCAUUUAGCAGUAACUUCUAUAUACAAGGUAUUAUGCCACGUACUUUGGAAGAUACAAAAUGAUUAAAACAUGAUCCUCCUCGAGGAGCUCAUUAUUUACUUGGGAAGAUAAAACAUAUACAAAUAAGAAUAACACAAGACAGGAUAUCCUAAAAACUGGAAAAAACAUAUAAAUAAAAAUGCUAUGUUGUGAUUUACCAUUGUAGCUAUCAUUUACAUAUUGCUUUAUAGUUUUUUGAAUUCUUUAACUUGCACUUAUCAUUUAAUACUCACUGAGAUCUUCUAAGAUAGGAGUUCUCAUUUUAGAUUAGGAAACAUGCUUAGUGAAGAUAGUAAACAAAAUAAAAUAAGUAAAUAAAGUAAGUGGCAAAGCCAGGAUUCAAACCCAUGACUUUGUGUUCUAGAAUUUAUGCUUUUUCUCCUCUACUAAAACUAAGGGAAUCAGAGGAAUCUGGGGGGUGGAAAGUGGGGUUUGUUGAUGGGUAAGAUAUGUCCAUGCACAGAUAGGAAACAUAGAACAGCUUAAAUAACGGCAUAGAGUUAGGAAAAAGCAGAGUAAAUUUUAGGAAGGAUAGCUAGCCCCACGUGAUUAGAGAAUAGAGGAAUGGUGGAAAAUGAGACUGGAAAGGUAGGCUGGGGUUUCAUUGUAUUGGUCCUCUAGAGCCUGGUGAACGAGUAUGUUCUUUAGGUGGUAAAAUAUCUGGGGAAUUAUUGAAGGUUGGUAGACAGAAAGCUGCUGAAGUCUUCUUUCCCCCUUUCAGUUGCAUUGUAAAAAUGCGGCUUCAGAUAGGUUGAGACCCACUGACCUCAAGCUUAAGGACUUGGCCUGGACACUGUCCAAAUCAAGGACAGACUAGGCCUUAUCCCAGGUUAGGGAACAAAAGGAAAGAAGAGGAUGGGAAGAAGCCAGUCUGGAGAAGAGUGAAAUCUUGGAGUGUGAGCCAGAUGUACUCAGGCUCUGAGAUGUUAUAUUACCCACUUUCAUCAAUGCUGCCACCGUAGUAGUUCAGGCCCUCACCAGCUCUAACCUGGACUACUAGAAUCAGGUCUUACUCACUUUUGGCCCCUCAAAAAGCUGCCAUCAGAAUGCUCUUUCUAAAACAAGCCAGUCUUCUGCUCAGAAUUCUUUAAGUCUUCCACUGUCCAUAGGACAAAAUCCAAACUCCUUAGUAUUGAGUUCAAGACCCUCCACAAUCCAGCACCAGCCUAUCUUUUCUCUAGCUUCAUCUUCAACCCCUCUAUCUUCAUCUAUUUGGGCUGCUAUAACAAAAAUAAUAUAGACUGGGUCGCUUAAAAGACAAACAAUGAUUUCUCAGAGUUU